AGUUGAUGAAAUAUAAUCAUGACCAACCCUAUAACAAAAUGUCAUUGCAUAGCCCCUCGCUGCGAUAUUCAAAAGAGCGAACGUUAAAUUAAAAGAAAGAGUAAAAAGAAGAAAAUCUAGUUUUGGAGGCAGAGUUGUUUGAACUACGGUUGAGAGUGGUCGCGAAUAAAGUUGUUCUCUGUGAAUAAAUUGUAUUUUAUUACCGCUCCGAAAAGUGUACCAAAAACCUACGUCGGCGAGACUCUACAAUUUGGCGCAGCCGAACGGAUUUUUUUUCCCCAAGAUGGACUACGACAAAAGUUGCCCGUUAGCACCAUUCAACGACGCGGUUGAUGCAUCGGAUCUCCGCCGAGAGUGGGAAGAGUGGUUAAGGGCGUUCGAACUCCUGCUGGAGUUGAAACAGGUUGACUCGCAGCACGAAAGACUGAUUCUUAUGCUGGCACGAGGUGGUCGUGGUCUUCAGAGGAUUUACUUUAAUCUGAGACCAGUGCCUGGUGAGAUUCAACCGGGACCAGCAAAAGUCCCACUUGCACCUCAGGAGACCCCGGAAUACGAUAACGCUGUCAAACGCUUGAAUAACUUUUUCGUUGGAAAGCGUAAUGAGCGAGUUGAACUGGAAGUUUUCCGUUCAUUGAAACAGUCUACUGAAGAAUCCUUCAACAACUUCAUUUUGAAGCUCCGCACGCAGGCGAACCGAUGUGAUUUUCGAGAGCGUGAGGAGAAAGAAAUACUACAGCAAGUAACGAUGGGAGCAAGAGAUGACAGAGUAAGAGAUAAGGGUCUGGAGAAUGUAAUGAAUCUUGAUGAACUGACUAACUACGCUGUUAAUCGAGAACUCUUGGCAAAACAAAAAGAGAAAUCACACCCGUUUAAGGUAGACGCUGAACCGGUUAGUGUAUCUGCAGUGAAGCAAGUUUGGGGCAGAAAGUAUCAGCCCAGAGAGAGAUCUUUUGGAACAACCGUAUACAAGAGCGAAAAACCGUGGAAUGAUGGAAACCGUACUCGAUUGGAGUGCGAUCGUUGCGGUUCGUGGAAACAUCACAAAGAUUCACCAAGCUGCAUCGCUCGAAACUCGAAAUGCAACAAUUGCGGGCGUACAGGUCAUUUUGCCCGAAAAUGCAGAGCAGCACGGAAGAAACAACUCAAAUCCCGCAGCACCUGGAGACGUACCGAGGAUGAAGCAAACGCGCUACGAUAUGAUGACUGCGGCGAGAUAGAAGCAUUGCAACAUCGUCCGACGUCGGAGGAAUCUUUGAAGAGCCCACCCAGAACUCGGACGCACCAGAAGGAGACUUAGACGAAACGAGUAGAAUGAUGUUGGGGAAGGAAGGCAAGUCGGGAGCAUUUAAGAGACAGGCCAAAGAACACACCAUGCCAAAACGUCCUAAGCGUGAGAAAAAAACUACCCGCUAGAUUUAGUUCAUAGUUUAAAGUUUGGUUGAUAGAACCAUUUUUAUUAGAGUAGAGAAGGGAUGUAGAGUUGAUGAAAUAUAAUCAUGACCAACCCUAUAACAAAAUGUCAUUGCAUAGCCCCUCGCUGCGAUAUUCAAAAGAGCGAACGUUAAAUUAAAAGAAAGAGUAAAAAGAAGAAAAUCU